AUGGCUGUUUCAGUGGUAAAGAACGGGCCCAAGUACCAGCUGGACACAGACCAGGUACUCCGCGCAUCGACUGCUCUGCUCUCACACAUCAAGGCCGAAGACCAGCGCAAGGAAGCCGGCUCGACGGUCAAGAAGCUUCCCCUAGGCGACGACAGCGACGAGGAAGAUGACGGCAGUACCGGAGACCACUCGCCCAUCUGGCUUAUCCUGACCACCAAGAAACAUCUCGUGGACAAGAACAGGAUGAAGCCAGGCAAGAUUGCCGUGCCUCACUCUCUCAACCCAUCUUCCACCCUCAACGUCUGCCUCAUCACCGCAGACCCCCAGCGCGCUGUCAAGGAUACAAUUGCAGACCCCGCUUUCCCGCCCGAGCUAGCUUCCAAGAUCACAAAGGUCAUUGGCUUCUCCAAGCUGCGGGACAGAUACAAGUCGUUUGAAAGCAGGAGGCAGCUCCUCGCCGAACACGACUUGUUCCUUGCCGAUGACCGUAUCAUACUACGUCUAGUCAACACGCUGGGAAAAAUCUUCUUCAAGUCCUCUAAGCGUCCCAUCCCCGUGCGGCUGGAGGAGAUUCAGAAAGUAGAUGGAAAGCGAGUCAAGGCGGCCGAUAAGAAGAGGCCGCCCACGGAUGAGAAGGCUGCCUCUGUUGCGUCGCCUGCUAUUGUUGCGCGAGAGAUCGAGCGCGCCAUUGCCUGUGUACCCGUCAACCUCUCCCCCGCAGCCACCGCCGCGUUGAGGGUCGGAUGGUCCAAUUGGCCUGCUGAGAAGGUGGUGGAGAACGUCUCGGCUGUCGUCGAGGCGAUGGUAGAAAAGUACGUUUCGCGUGGAUGGAAGAAUAUCAAGGCCGUGCAUGUCAAGGGAGCCAACACUGCUUCCAUGCCCAUCUGGCUUGCUGAUGAGCUCUGGCUGGAAGACGCAGAUGUCAAGGAAGUUGAAGUCAAGAAGGUCGAGGAGAAGAGCAAGAAGAGAAAGAGUAUCACUGAGGGCGAAGAUGCCGGAAAGAAGAGUAAAAAGUCGAAGCUGAUCACUGCUGCUGCUGAUGCUGCGGUCGACAAGGACGGGGAGGAAGAAGAGGAGCUCAAGGCCAGAAAGGCCAAGCUGAAGGCUCAGAAGGCAAAGGCCGUUGCUAAGGUUGAAGGUGAUGCUCCCUUACUGCCAAAGGAAGUAUCGUCCAAAAAGCCCAGGACGAAGCUGGCCAAGAUGAAGAAAGCUACAUAG